AUGGAUGCGGUUGUAGGCACUGAUCUGUUUGCAACACUAUGGCAGCACCUCCAGUAUACGUUCCACCGGUCUCCCCAUUCCAUGAAUGCCAUACAUUACGACAAAAAGACACUCGAAAUGAAGUUUGGGGCCAUACUGUCUGACUGCGUGGGUGAGGCUUCGAAGAUCCUGGCAUCCGACCUGAUUAAUGUUUGCAGCGACCGGAACAUCAAGCAGUCCCUGAAAUUGUGUUCUCGUAGCCUGAAGGAUAAAGGGGUGUCUCCACUUGGAAAGAUUAACGCCAUGCAGUUCGUGGUGAUCGUAGCACUUUCUAACGACCACAACUCGUACAAAGUCGCAUGUUCACCCGUCCUAAACAUUAUAGCACGCCUCGGAGGCGCCAAUAAUGGUAAAGGUCGGCUUACCCUGUUCGGAGAAUGUGUCAACAAGGCCCAUCUUGUAAAAUGCGCAAAAUAUGCCAACAGCGUCAUAGAGACACUUUCAAAGGUUGAGGCUUUCGACCUGACUCUUCAUCAGUCGCUGCCUUUUGGUGUUAGAUGUUUACUUCACAAGUGCAACAGCUUAAGACUCAAGCAACUUGCAACUGGUUGUGCCUCCCUGAGCAACGCGAUCAGUAACGUCAGGUUACCUGGAACGUCAUCGUACUCGAGUUCUGUCAGGGAUGCUGUUGAAUCCGCUGCUUCAAAAUCAUACCGAACGCGUGCGAAGGAACUGGAGUACCGUGUAUCUCAUAUAGAAGAUGAGAUGGAAGAACUUGGAGUGGCUGUGCCCGCAGAUCCAACUACACAGCAAAAGCCAGCAACUAUGUCACCUAGAUCCGAGGCCAAACUAGUGGAUUUGGUCAGCAAUUUGGGUUUUCUACGUGGGGAGUGCAGUAGCCUUUUGAAUGAAAUGAUAGACGCUGACUAUGGCCGUAUGCGUGCCGACGUCACCACCCUGAUCGAUCAUAUAAAGAGCUUGGAAAUCCGCUGCUCUGCCGCUUCUACAGGUGAUGGGGUGUAUCAUGAUCUUGCCGCGCUGAAUAUGACAUUCAGCGCAUUGAAAGGUGACCAAAGUUCCCUUGGGGGUGGUUUUCAUACAGGCAGGGAAGCUUACGAAACAUCUGAUGCAACAAGGGACGACUGUAUUUCAUCAUACUCUUUCAAGACAGCCUUAAAUGAUGUUGCCUCACGGGAACAUUGGGCGGCCGAAAUAUUGGCAAAUGAGAACGCAUCAGCCAAAGAAUUACCCCAGGAAGUGCACAAUCAAAAAGAUAACAAAACGGUAUUGAGCAAUGAGUUCGCAUCAUUGGAGUCUGAUAAUGCCGAAAAAAAUAAACAUAGUACAUCUGUGAACAGUGAUGCAAUUUUAAACGCCCCCUUAAAUGUUACGUCCGAUGACAUUGUAACCGACUGCCCAAACAACAAGUUAGCCGUCGGUGAGAAGGUCCAAAAGUCACAAGAAUCGCCAGAUGAGGAAUCUCAUACCAAUGAAAGGGCUACUGAACCGCCUGCAACAGGUGCAACAUUGGUGUAUGCCCAAGCAAAUAUGGCUGUGGAUAGUGGUUCGGAGAAAGCUUCUAUUCAAUCUGAUGCGGUGGAAAACGAAGGUAAACAAGUCCCCAAAACGAACAACACGAACGAGGAUAUGUCUUCAUCAACAAACGAGACUAACGUAGUUCGAGAUGGUAGCAACAUUGAAAGUCAUGAGGGCCAAAUAGAUCAAGAUACGCUUGGCACUUGCAUUAGUGAAUCGUCGGGUGUGCAUGAUCACCGUCCUGCAGACACCGACGGUGCCGAGUUUUCUUCAACGCAGUCCGAUAAUACCAACGUUCAGUGCGCCAAUGAAGAUGCGCGUCUUGAUCACGCGCCGCUGAAUCAAGUUUCCAAUAUUGACUCCGUCAAUGAGGAACUCGAAAUUGAUGAUGAUAUCAAUCAGUACGAUCUGUAUGACAAUGCUAAUUCAAAUUUGGAGGGGAUACGCAACAGCAUUGUGUUCCGUGACUCAGGAAUUUACAACGACAGUAAUCUGGAAGUGUCAUUAAUACAACGGCUUGACGAAGAAGAAGAAAUUGGGAUAGUGGCAGAUUGCCGCCUCACUCUGGAGAACCGAGGUGUUGAGACGAUGCAUGAUUUGAGAUUCGAUUUUUCGAACUUCGAACACUUCUCCAUCCACCUGGUAUUAUCGCCUAUGGAUGAAAUGCCCAAGGAAAUUGCGCCGAUGAGUUCCAUGGAUAUUCACUUCAAGCUGUACCCAUUAGCCCCGUUCAUUGGUCUUCCGAAGGUAACCCUGACGACUUUUAUUGGACCCGGGGGUGUUGAGAAGAAUUAUACGCUUUUCCUCCCGUUGCCCGUAACCAGUUUUCUACGUUGCGAACCUCUCGAAGAUUUGAAUGUGCUUGAGACGUUGAGGCAGCAGUCGAAGACUUAUUUUUUGGCACGCAACACGGUGCCCUUCGACAGGGCAACCCAGCUGGUUACAUUGAACAACCAUCUGUCAAGUUUCGAACUUGAAGAUCGGCCUGGCAGCAUGUUUAUGUUGGCGUCCUUCCACCAGUGUGGAUGCCCAGAUGAGAAGAGCACGGGUGGCAGCAGGUUCAAGGUACUCAUUAUGAUUGAAGCAGCGGACGAGCCUACUUCCUUCAAUAUGCACGUCUUCUCCGAUUCCGAUAGGCUCGCUGGCGCCGUGGCGCAGCUAUAUCGGUACCUCUUUCAUGGUCAAGGUGCGGCAUAUGGCGGGACUGCCGGCUAA